AUGGGACAGUCAGGUAACCCAAAUUUAUAUCAUACAUGAAAUGUAUGUUUAUCAAUAAUAAAUACUUGGGAUUGUGAGCCUGAAGAAAUGUGGAAGCCAAGCUAUAGCACCCUUUUGCAGGUUUUUGUAUCAAUCCAGUCAUUGGUUAUGACUCAAGAAGUUAUACAAAUGGAGCCAUGCCAUGAGCAUUAUGAAAUUGGUAGUAAAGCUAAUAUGGAAUACUCGAUGAUUGUAGAAUACGCUAAUAUCAAAUAUGCUAUAACUGGAAUGAUUCAAAACCCACCGGUUGAGUUUGCUGAUAUAGUCAGAAAACAUUUUGCGAUAAAAAAAGAAAAAACAUUGGAAAGCUUUGAAAAGUGGCUUAAGAAGGCAGAAAAUUUUGAAUUCACUGGGUGCGAUCCAUUAAUUAGAGGCCAUAAUUGUGUAACAGCAGAUAUUUUAGAAGCAUAUGGACCAUAUUCAGCAUUUAAAGAAGCAAUUGAAGAAUGCAAAGUAUGGCUUGAUACGCUUCAAGAAAUAUAA